CACAACGUCAUUAUAUUUUGUACUUUUCCAUUUUUUUUACAGAGGUCAAUUUUUUCUAACAAAUAAUAAUGGAACCUAGCGACUUUAUUCAACCUGAAGCUCAAGAAACCUUACUAUUUUCUUCCAGUGAUUACAGCAGUGAUGAUCUCGAACGCUUGUUAGAACUUCAAAGACGUCAACAUGAUUUGCGAGAUCCAAGCAAGGAAGGAUUCGUUGUAGACGACGAUGAUGAUGACUUUUCAGUAACAAGAAGGGAAAAGAAAGGACCUACAGUGCCAGACAUGCGCUUCGAAAAACAAUUUGAUAAAUCAGUUCAGCAUUUAAUAGAAUCAGGCGCUUCACCUUUGGGCAUCUUUUGGUCAGCAGUUAUUAAAGAUCAAAUCAUUGUACCUUUCAUCAGUGGUUUUACUUGGAGUUUAUGUUCUAAUGCUUGGUUAUGGUACAGAACAAAGGGAGUUAUUAACGCAAGAAACCCAAAGAAAGCUGGGGUUUUUAAAGGCCUUGGUGACAACUUUUCUAAAUGGACAAAGGUUGUAUAUAACGCGAUAGCCAGAAAUGCGUCAUUUUUCAUGACUACGACUGCACAGACUAUUGAAGCAGCAAAAUAAUGGUUUAUUUGAGAUGCUGAAUUUUUACAAUAAAUUGCUUUUCUCUACCAGCCCUGCGCUGCAUUAUGAUUUCUGCAUGCAUUCCGUAUUCUUC